UUUUUUUAUCGCAGCAAUCUUAUUUGGUUUUUUACGAUUUUUUUGUUUUGUUCUUCCUAGUUUAUUAGAUUGGUUGUGUUAGUUCUGUUCUUUCCUUUUUCAUCUAUCCGUUGCCUGUUGGUUUCUAGGGGAAUAUUGAUAGAAUUACACCGUGUUCAUUACUCCCUCCGUCCCAGUUUAAGUAUCUUUGGGCACAAAGUUUAAGGAAUAAAAAGAGACUUCUGGAUCCUGUGCUCCUAAAUUAAAGAUGUUUUUAAUGUACUAAAAUGUCCUUUGAAUCUCGUGGUUUUAAACUUGCGAGGUAGAGGUAGGCCGAAGAAGAAUUAGGGGAGGUGAUUAGACAGGACAUGGCAGCGCUCCAGUUGACUGAGGACGUGACUUUGGAUAGGAAGGUGUGGAGUCGAGGAUUAGGGUAGAUGAUUAGUAGUGAUUACUUGUUUAAACUUUUAUUAAUAGGAGAUUCUGGUGUUGGAAAGUCAUGUCUUCUCCUGAGAUUUGCUGAUGAUUCUUAUUUGGACAGUUACAUCAGCACAAUUGGUGUCGACUUUAAAAUACGCACCGUGGAGCAAGAUGGGAAGACAAUCAAACUUCAAAUUUGGGACACUGCUGGACAAGAACGCUUCAGGACAAUUACUAGUAGUUACUACCGUGGGGCACAUGGCAUCAUUAUAGUUUAUGAUGUAACUGACCAAGAAAGCUUCAACAAUGUUAAGCAAUGGUUGAAUGAGAUUGAUCGCUACGCAAGCGACAAUGUAAACAAGCUUCUGGUUGGAAAUAAGUGUGACUUGGCUGACAACCGAGCUGUAUCUUAUGAUACAGCGAAGGCAUUUGCUGAUGAAAUUGGUAUUCCAUUCAUGGAGACUAGUGCAAAGAAUGCAACUAAUGUUGAGCAGGCCUUCAUGGCAAUGUCAGCUGACAUAAAGAAUAGGAUGGCAAGUCAGCCAGCGUCGAACAAUGCAAAGCCACCAACAGUGCAGAUACGAGGACAACCUGUUUCCCAGAAGAGUGGCUGUUGUUCCAGUUAGAAUCAUCUUUCAAGCUUUCUUUCUAGUUGUGUUGCCUUUUUUUCUUUCUUAAAGCUGUGCCAGUUCUUAUAUUCUUUUAAUCUGCCAGUAUUCUGGUGGCCUGUACAAAUCAUAAGGGUUGCUCAGGAUUUUUCUUUCCUCUUUGAUAUUUUUUCACUGGGGUACAAAGUUCCAAUGUUGGUUUCUGCUGUUUCAGGCAGUUGUCAUAAGUUGGGUUUUUAAGAUGGGGAUAAGUGAGUUGUAAUGCUGUUGUACUACGUUUCACCUUAGCUAUGAUGCUCUUUAAAUAAAUUGCUCCACAAAAAAGUUACUAGUA